AGUAUCCAGCUGUACCUCGUCUGUUAUAAGUAUGCUUAAAAUAAAAAAUAUAAUUUUCAUUUAACCAAAAUUGUGUGAUCUUCCUCGACUGUGAUCCUGGAUUGUGUCUCCGUUACCGGUUCCACGGUGGGUUUUUGGGACAAAAUUAUUGUUACAGAACUGAUUGUAACCCAAUCUCAACACACUUGACAGUGUUCCACCAAACCAUGCCUAGAUCUUUAGAAUCUUCAGUGUCAAUGCAGAUUAUUACGGACUGAUAUAUAAAUUGUGUAAUGUGAAGACAAGAAGUCUAGAAGAUGGAGAUGAAGAUGUUUGUCUGGUGUUUCUGGACCCUCCUGUGUCUGGACCUUGUCACUGCCAGGAUCCACAAAUUGGAAAUAAGGAAUGACAACCGCCGAUACAUUUCGCUGAGCACAUUCGGCUUCUAUAAAGGCGGAAUUCUCAGUGUGAAUUUAACGAAUUUCAAGGCGAGACCCUUCAACGAAAAUCAUGUGUUUGGAUUUACACUGGACAGAACAAUGAGUGAUGCUAUGAAUCCAUAUUUGGAUAGUCAUCAAGAUAAAUGCUUACUGCAAGGAUCUUCGGUUCCAAAAUCAGACCGCGAUCAAAGAGAUGAGACUGCAGUCAUAUAUUUCACGAUGGACUUGAAAAACAAAAAAAUGAAAGUGAAUUGCAGUAGCAAGGACUGGAACAUGAUUCCAGUGAUUCAAGGCAAGAGAGAUUCUAUAUCGGCUCGAUUCAGCGACAGCGCACUUAUUCCACGUCGGAAACGAAGCGCUUCCAGUCACGAGGAAGAAGAGGAAGAAGAAAAAAUAGGUUCAGUCAAGUCAGUAAAUUUUCCGGAAAACAAUGCUUGCUCUCGUAUAAAUAUAUCGAUGACGGUGGACGCCAAUCACCAAUACUACAAUACUAAUUUCAUGAUUAGUGUUUUAAGCCAGGAAGAAGAGGGGCUUUAUAAUCUCUAUUUCCAUAGCUGCCCUAAUUAUAAGGACGAGGGAGUCUUUGUGGAUUUCACGAUGCGCAUCACAGAGAUAAACAGCGAUAACUACCUAAGUGCAGGUGAAAUGCCGCUGCCCGCUUUAUAUUUCAUGAUGGCAGUUCUCUUUUUUCUUUCCGGAUGCUUCUGGGUCUUCAUAUUGAAGAAGAGCAAGCACCCUGUAUUCAAAAUCCAUUACCUUAUGGCGGUUCUCGUUUACCUAAAGUCACUCUCACUUCUUUUCCACGGGAUAAACUAUCACUUUAUUCAGACCAAAGGAGAGCACAUUGCAGCCUGGGCUAUUCUCUAUUAUAUAACGCAUUUGCUCAAAGGAGCUGUGUUAUUUAUAACUAUCGUACUUAUCGGAACAGGAUGGACAUUCAUUAAGCACAUAUUAGCAGAUAAGGAUAAGAAAUUAUUUAUGAUCGUCAUUCCGCUGCAGGUAUUGGCGAACGUAGCUGAGAUUAUCAUUGAGGAGAGUGAGGAGGGAGACAUAGAGCAUAAAACGUGGAGGGAUGUUUUUAUACUAGUUGAUUUAUUAUGUUGCGGGGCAAUCAUGUUUCCCGUGGUUUGGAGUAUCCGACAUCUCCAAGAAGCUGCACAUACUGAUGGGAAAGCUGUCGUCAAUUUGCGGAAGCUCAAGCUCUUCAGGCACUUCUAUAUUAUCAUAGUCUGCUAUAUUUAUAUCACUAGGAUUAUAGUAUACUUAAUGAAGAUCACGGUGCCUUUCCAGUACGAAUGGCUAGAUGAAAUGUUUAGGGAGAUGGCGACCUAUGUUUUUUUCGUAUUAACGGGAUACAAAUUUCGACCUGCUUCAGCCAAUCCUUAUUUCACACUGAAUGACCCUGCUCCACUGGAAGACGAUGACGAAAUGGAUGUAGUUCUCUUUUCCAGUGUCUCGGGUGGAACUGGACUCACUGAGGGUCUAAGUAAAGUGAGCAAAAUCGUGAGACCGACAACUUCGGAAUCUACUCAAGAGGAAAGGGAUAGCCUCGUUGCAAGAAUGGAAUCCUCGCACGAAUAUGAUUGAGUGACUACUCCAAUUUGCCGAAUAGAAUAAUUCUCUGUGUCUCGUGCGUGCGCGUUUGUGUGUGUGUUUGUUUGUUUACAGGCUCAGAAUUUCGUGGGCUAGAAGAAAUGUAACAAAUAAGCACUUAACUCCUAUAUAUAUAUACAUAUGUAUGCAAUUGUAAUUGUGCAAAACGCACUCAAGACAUUCCACCCAACCCGAUGAGGAAGCUUUUAAUAGUUAUUUGUGUGGCAGGUGCGGAAUAAGACUGAUUUCGUGAGUGAUGCGGACAUCACAAACGAACGAAAUCAGCGUUUUGCACCUGGCACACAAUGCUUUUUUUAAGCACUGCCACGAUUUCGUCCAUUUUCGUACCCGUGGAGCGGAGCUGCUGAAGCUAUUCUCGAAUUUUGUGUGUCAAGAGCCACAGUCGACGGUCAACGUGUUUCUUGGAUUACUGGUCCUGUGCGUUUUACGGCUCUUUUGACGCCGACUCAAAAAAUGAGAUUGCGGAACAGACAGUCAUCAAAAGUGCCCAAAUCGGAAGGAGUGUUGAAAAAAGUGCGGUGUACAACUCGGGGGAGAUCUUUCCGAUUUUAUAUGGUCCGAUUACACUGGUCUGCAUGGCUCAUGCUGAAAGCAUUUCCCUCGCCACGGAAGUGGAAAGAUCUCCGUCCAGUUGGACGAUAUUAAUACGUCCUCAUCGUGAAAAAGUUCAAUGGAAAAUACCAAAGAACUGGAAAAAAAAGACGUGAUUAUAAAACCUCAACACUGGACCAAGAGUUCUAGGCAUGAAUGAACAUGAACUGUCGUUACUCGGCACUGCCUGUUUCUUUCUCUAGAGGGCGCGCUCAGACUAGAUCUCUGCGGUUUGAAAACCUUCCACCUCCAUCAAUCUUCAGUACUUUUUCACGCUUACACAGUAAGAAGGCUUUCAUUGGAAAGUAUUAGAAAAUUUCAUGUUCAAUGACAAGGUGACAAUUAUUGAAUCCUUCUCGAUACCGUUUUUGUCCCCGCGUUGUAGAUCCCCAUGACAGGAGAAGUUAUAUCCUAAACUGAAUCCCUGUCUGGAGCGAUUGUCAAUAUUUUUCUGAAUACUUUUGAAUACUGUAAGUCGGUCAUGAAAUAUAACAUUUUUAAUCCAUUUUAAAUCUCCACGUAUCGAAGUUCUUAUUAAAUGAAGCGUCCACGGUCUAAAUCUGUUGAGUGACAUUUUUUUCAAAAUUUAUUUUUAUUGUAUUUUCUGGAACAUUUUUUAUAUGCAGUUAAUAUCCGGCGAACGAAACGGCAAAAUUUCUUUUAGUUUUUUUUUAAUGGACUUCCAAAAAACGCGUUUUGGUAUCUAGAGCGUAGGUCUGCGGUCUAAAUCUCUUCAUUGCUUCUGGCUUCUUAUGGAAAGUCCUUGUUUUUUCUCACAUCGGUUCAGUUUACUCGUAGAAUAAGCCAAUGAGACACAUGUUUUUUGUGGAUACUUUCACGUCAUCUUCGAUGUUGUCGUCUACAGAUUGCUGUAAAGACGAAGGUGAGCGACGCGUCUCGACUACUAACACUCAGCAAAUUUUUGCAAUAACCUAUUUAAAAUGUUUGCAAGCACAUCUAUGUUCGGCUUGCGAUUCUAAACAUUCUGAUACAUAAAACUUGCCCGCAGUUUGAAAAAAAACGCAGAAAAAUUUGAGGCGAGGAAAACCAAUAGAAAAUAAGCGGCAGAACACCGCAGAGAACAGGUUUAGACCGCUGUACGCCUUGUAGAUAACAUAUGAACAGCUUUCACUUGUCAUAUAACUUUCGAUUUCGAUUAAAAUGUUAUAAAUCCAACUUGUAUUAUUUUUCUCUCCUAAAUAAACAAAAAAACAUUUUACAGUUUAAGAAAAUAUUGAAAGUUGCAAAUUUAACAGUAUUUUCCUUCACCGUGUAAAAUUUCUGAACUGUCAGUUAACAUGUUUGAACCGCGGUCCCUUUGACUGCUUUUUCGAAUAAUAAUGAUGUUAAAAGCAUUUUAAAACAGUACUAGUCACGUUACGCUGUCAAAAUUAAUUGCUACACAGGAAGCUGUAAUGAAAACUAACUUUUAAAGUUUAUUUAUCAUGAUUUUAUAUUAUUUUAAUUGAUUACAUUUUAAUAAAGCGAGAGUUUUGUGAUAAAUUGAUGUAUUUUUGUGCACAAUCCUGCUAGAUUUUCCAAAUUUUAUGCUUUUGAAGCGCCUUCUAAUGUGUGAAACGAAAAUCGUAUUUUAAAUUUAUUUCAGGUUACGUUUGACUACUCGGAAUUGAAAAGGAUUGGCUUCUAAAUAUUUUCACAGCCUAAUCGGGGAUUUAAAAAAGUAGAGAAAGGACAUUCAUAGGUAUAGAUAUUUUUAAUACCUUUUAAUCUAAGCCUUGUUACUGGAUUCCCUAAUUUUUUCAGGGUUAAACUACCGCCCUGAAAUUGUCCACUUAUUAUGUACCUCUAUACAGCCACGAAAUAUCCACUUUUUUGCGAAGGUGAAAUAAAAAAAAAGUUUCUUCUGUCA